GUGAGUUGGAUCAUGGGCAUCACUGCUUUGGGCAUAAUCUUCAGUUCCAUGAUACACGAUCGUAGGUAGAAAUUUGCAGAAACCAAUAACGAGUUAGCUAAUCAGAUUUGACGGGGUUCGCUGGCAUUUAUCGCGGUUUCUCUGCCUGUUUUGACCUCAGUUAAUUUUAAUUCUUAUAUUUGGUUUAACCUACACGCCUAUAUAUGGAACAUAACAGAUGAUUGAGAAUUCUUUACUUUUGCCAUCAAUCAUGGAUACGUCUGCCUUAAAUACGGCACAUGAAAACGAGAGAAGAGCAGAGGCACUCCUACGUGAGGGCAAGUUUGAAGAGGCAGCAAGAUGCCAUAAAAGAGUAGCGAACCUCUUGACCGAAGCACACUCUCAACUAGAAGCUCGAAAACUGGAGAAGAAUUUUUUUAACCCUCGCUCGGAUUCUUCACUAGAGUCUCUUGCUCUACAACGAGAUUAUCACAACAGGCAGGCCAGCAUAGUUAGGAUGAAGCAAGUGCGGUAUGAAGAGUACAAAGCGACACUGGAAUCACAAAGACGAGACUUCUUUCAUGCGAAAGAGGUUAACAAGCGAUUUUAUGAAGACAGUGUGAAUGAAAUUUUGGGAGAAAAGUGUGAAUUUUCAUUAAGGAAAGCAAUUUAUAGAACUAUUGAGGAACAAGAUAGUCUUUUAAAUGUACUCGAGUUACCACAUAUAGAAAAAGACAAAGAAAACCACGCGUAUAAACACCCUAAGGAUACAGGAACUGUCAUCGAAGAAUUGCGAACCGUCAACUGCCAACUUAGGUCUCUUGUAGGCAGUUUGCUCAGCCAACUGGAGGCUAAAGAAAAUCAAGUUAAACAACUGACCGAGCGUUUACAUGCUUUUUCCGUCGAUACUUGUGAAGAAAUGCACGCCGAUGACUCACAUUCCUUUCAUUUGGCACCUCUUCCACCUUUGACCCCACUCGAAAUGCCACGAUUCGAUUUUACUUCGACUUGAUUUGACUGAAAAAAGUCGGUGAAAUCGCGAUCCGACUUACUCUUCAACGCCGCUACUUCUGAAAAAAAAUCUAUACCUUAAUAUAAAAUGGUUAUAUCUCUAUCUGAUUAGAAAGCACAUUUCAUACAUGGAUCGGUUUGCUGCAAUUUGCCAAUUUCUACAAAGUACCAUAGAUAAUAGGGUCAUGUGAUUAUUUUAUAUUAUGCACAUUAUAUUCUUUUUCAUAAUUAGUUUUCUCAAAAGAACUUCAAGUAAGUGCAUAACUUACUUAUAAUUGACUAUUCUCUUAGGAAAGAUUUCGGCCACCCGUAUAGAAAGUAUAUGUGACUAGUUCUAUUUAUGAUUGAAAUCAAAGCAUAAGGCAUAGCGCGAAAAUGUAUUUUACUUUACGGAAAUAAUCAUACUUUUUAUGUAAAUGUAUUUACAGUAGAAGUUCGAUAAAUAUCGUGCUUCGGGGCUGCAGGGCCGAAAAAUGUGCUAUUUUAUGUGUUUUUAAACAAUAUAUGGUUUGAGAAAUGUUGGAUUGAA